CGCACGUCAGACAUCCUGUGUCAAUCAGCUUUAUUUAGACGAGCAUUGCUGCACGGUGCUAAUGAAACUAGAGUCGUUGCCGGUGGGUACAUAUGACCGUAACUCCAGUACACAGCUUUUCAUAGGCUUGUAUGGCAGAGCUGUGUAGUGACCUUCAGUGCAGUCUAAAGAUUAGAAAAUUAAAAUGGCCCUGAUGUGCUGUAAUGUUUUGCAAAGAAGAACUUUGGGAUUGAAGCUUUUGACAGACCACCCUUCCAUGUCACUGUUGUGGACUGACUGGAUGCGCCACAAGUUUACAAAGUCUCGAAUUCCUGAAGAAACAUUUCAACCAAAGCCAGAAGAUCAUGUCAAAUAUGGAGGAGAUUCGCAACAACCACAUAAACUACAUCUUGUCACCAGAAUAAGAUCUUGUGUUGGAAGACCAUACUGGGAAAAGGAAGCGAUUGACAAACUGGGACUUCAAAAGGCUCAUAAACCAGUUGUACAUAAGAACAUUGCAUCAGUAAACAAUCAGCUUAAAGUUGUCAAGCACUUAAUAAGAGUCCAGCCACUGAAAUUACCUUAUGGGGUUCCAACAGAGGAAGACUUGUCAGACACUUACCUAGACAGCUCAGGACAGCUUGUAAUUCGUAAAAAGCUGCAGCCAACAGACAUUAAAUCAAUUGAAUCAUAGCGUGUGCUGUUUUUCUAUAUGUAAAAUGAGGCAGUUUUUGUGGUGGUAAGAGCCUGGAGCUGUUGCACGUGUUUAAUCGUUGCAGCCGGAACCUGGAGUUCCUGCUUUAAGUAGCCACAUGUCCAUGUGCUGGCCACAAUUAUCAGGGAAACUCGAGCAGUAGUGGCUAACAGCUUGCCACCAGUGCUUGAGAUUCUUCUCAUAUUGCGUCUGACACUAGGCCUUACUACUGCUUAAAGCAGCAACUCCAGGGGCUGACUGUCUGCAAAACUUACAAAGCAUUGUAAAUUCACUUAAUUGCGACAUGGCUGCAAUACCCUGCACAGCCACUGCUAAGUGUAUAGUAUUGUGUAGGGACCAAUGUUAAGCCGAUGUUAACGUGAAAAGAGGCUCCUGCGAUCAUCUGAGUGCAUGUGACCUCUUCAGAAAGCUGAUUGGCACCUUACCAGUCUGAUAUUGAUGGCCUAUCCACACUUCACUUAAAAGACCUCUAUAAGGGGUUAAAGUCUAUGAAUGUCUUUUACAUGAGCAAAAAAUAUUUUGUACAUUAUAGUUAUGAUUUAAUUAAAAAGGUGCACCA